CAAUUCGAAAACUGUUUGAAAAGAGAGAAUGUAUCACAAACAGAGAAUGCUUGACGGACGUCCAACAAAUUGUGAAAAAAUUGACAGUUCUCAAGAAAAAGCUAGAGGAAGUUGAUAAACAAGAGCAAAUGCUUUUAGGCAAGCUGAAAGCAAGAAUCUCAACACUGAAAGAGUAUGCAAACUUGACCAAAACACAGAACUCUGCCAAACUUGAGGAAUGGUAUCUCUCCCAAUUAGACCGUCUCGUCGUAGAAUAUUUGGUCCGUCAUACUUUUUAUGAUGUUGCAUCUAGCUAUAUUCAAGAGGCGAACUUGAAAGAAUUCCAAGAUUUAGAUCUAUAUCUCGGCAAAGUGAAACCUGUCAUUAUCUCAAUGCAAGAGCAAAACUAUGUUAAAGCCAUGCAAUGGAUACAGGCCAAUCGACCGAGGAUAAAAAAGACUCAACAUGCCACAAAUUGCGCGUCAAAGCUAGAAAUGGAGUUGUUUAUACAAAAUUUUGCGGUUCUCGUAAAUGAAGGAAAUGAAACUGAAGCUAUACAAUACUCUCAGAAAUUCUUAGCCCCGUAUAUGAAAAAAGGAACGGAAUACUCAGAAGAAGUCAGCCGUAAUAUGGGAACACUUUUUCUAUCCCAAAAAAAAGAAGAUAUACACAAAAAAUAUUUUGGGCCUGAACGUAAAAAAAAAUUAAUCGAGCUAUUUUUAGAUGUAUUCAACGAACUUUAUGGUAUACCGUUACAGCCAUUACUUUUCAUUGUUAUCAAAGCUGGCUUGGUCUCUCUAAAAACACCGAAAUGUGGGAAGGAGCCCAUCAACCAGGAUUGUCCUGCAUGCAUGCCUGAACUGAGCGAGGUGGUGAAGCAGAUUCCUAUUGCUUCUAAGUUCACUAGCUCUUUGGUAUGCCCAAUAUCUAAAUGUGUCAUGGAUGAAAACAAUUUCCCAAUGGUUUUGCCAAGCGGGAAUGUUUACUCUCGGUCUGCCCUCGAGGAACUCGAAAAGAUGAGUCCAGACGGAAGUAUUGUCGACCCGAAAACGCAUACAUCAUAUUUUAUGAAAGAUGCAAAGAGAGUGUACAUCACAUAAUUUUAAAGAGAAAGGAUAAAUUUGAUUAAUCAUCAAAUCUGUCGUUGAUGGAUUUCGGCUGUCCUUCAACCCUAAAAAAGGUGCUUCAUUCAGCUCUGUUGCAUCCCCUGUUGCUCCCUUCUUGACCUAAUCGGACUGAUGUUGGCCUCGGAUCAGGAUACAAAUAAGAGCGCAUGCAGUUGUGCAAACUAUGCACGUCCUUGCCAGCGGCCAGUAUAAGAGGUGCUGAGUCCCU